AUGAUGAUGGGUCUGCUCAUGGGUUUUGAAGAUGGAUGGUCGGGAUGGUGGAGGAGAGGAUGGCGUAGGGCUAUUAUGGCGAGGGAGGAGAGGAUGGGUGAGGUUGUUCGAGCUGGUGGAGGAAACGAUGGUGUAGGGCUAUUCAUGCUGGUGGAGGAGAGGAUGACGGGGUGUUCGGGCAAGAAAGGAGAGGAUGGUGUGAGACUUUUUCGAGCUAGUGGAGAAGAGAUUAGUGUGGGGUCAUUCGGCAAGGGUGGAAAGGAUGGCAUAGGGCUAAUUGCAGUAGAGAUUUUAGCUAUAUGGUUUUUGUUUUUAAAGAUGAUGAAUAGUGUAAGAUAUCUAAAAAUUGGUGGAAUGAAUGCAAUUGGUAAAGGUUAUAACUUUCAAGAUGAUAGAAAUAGAGAUGGUAAGACUUGUGAAAAAGAGGUGGUAGGAGAGGAGUUGGUGGUGAAAUUAGUAGAGGUUACAGACCUUCAUGAUAGUGUAAAUAGAGCUGGUAUGGCUAGUGAUAGAAGAGAUGGAAGUGGCUAG